CCAUCCGUGGAUCUAGUGGACAACCUCAUUGAAGAUGAGGCCGAGAGACAGCGUCUACUUUCCAAACCGACCUGCUUCCUUGUGGUUGGAAGGCCGGGUGUUGGCAAAUCUACCUUGGCCAAAAACAUUGCAGAGACCUGGGGCUGUGUUUUAAUUGACGACACGGAAGUGCUCGACUCCCAUAUCAGAAAUAAAACAGAGGAUGGCAUUAAGCUCCUGGACAUCCUAAAUGCAGGUGAAAGUGUACCAGAACAAAUGGUCGUCAGGCUCAUUUUCGACAUGUUGAACUCAAGCAAAGUUCAGCACUACGGUUACGUGCUGAGCUGCCUGCCAUUCAUGUCGGAAGAGGGCUUUAGCGUCGAUGAGCAAAUGGAGUUGAUCCGGAAGCUCAAGCUGAAGCCAGACUUCAUCAUCAACAUCAAGUGCGCCGACAAAGAUCUGGUCCAGAGACUGUCGAGUCAGAAGCAGCACCCAAUUACAGGGCUUCUGUACAAUCAAGAUCAAUGCAAGUGGGACAAUGAAUUCCACGUAACGGGAUUUAUAGAUGACGAAAUCGUGGAGGAGGGCGAUAAGGAAGACUCAGAGGAUGAGGAUGACGAGGAGGAGGAAAUAAUCACCACCAGGUGUACCAUUGACCAGUUGGUUUGGCUUCCUGAACGUCAGUCCAGAAAUACGUCCCUAAGAAUUAAUAUGUACAAAGAUAACAUCCUGAGACCACUUGAGGACUAUAUGAUGGACCACAACCCGAUAUACCUUUUAGAAGUGGAUGGAAGCAAUACACCGGAGGAGUUGGUCUUAUUUGUGUUGUCCCGGCUGGGAGCAAUGGCCAUACAGCGCGUCUCCAUUCCGGUGGUCCUCCAUCAGAAUGAAGAGUUGCCUGAAGACAUCGAAACGGAGGAUCUGUUGAGGUUUAUGUCCUCCUCACGGAUGUUGGUGCCAGGCUUCAGGUGGCGAAGGAGCCGCUGGGGUCGAAGUUGUCCAGUGGCUCUGACGGAAGGACUGUUGGUACCUGGAAAACCAGAAUUUUCUGUAGGUUUCUGCGACAAAAUGUACAUCCUAUCCUCCAAAGAAGCCUAUGACAAGUUUGUGACCAACCCCCGGCCCUACCUGCUCCCCCCGAUGCCAAGCCCCCCUUGCAGGGUGUGCAUCAUUGGCACGAAUGUUACAGGGAGAAGUGAGCUGGCCCAACUCUUGGGUGAGAGGCACAACGUGUCCGUGCUGGAGCUGGAGAAACUAGCGGAGCCACUAUUGGCUGAGUUGGAGAAGAACUGGCUGGGCAAAGUCAAAGAGGACAGCACACAAGCCGCUAUGGAAAAAAUCAGGACCAAACAGCAAACCGAGCACAGAUCUGACGGAACCCCUGCUGUGGAAGUGACUGAGGAUCAUCCUGAAGUAGUGGCACUGGUGCAGAUUGCUCUAGAAGAUGCCAGAAAGCAGGAUGCAGCCAAGGAAGUUUAUGCUCAGGCUCUGACGAAGGUCGUAAGAGAGAAUGAAUCCACCAAAAUGGGUGCAGAUGUAGGCACUGGUUGGGUUCUGGACAACUUUCCCAGAAGGGCCUCGCAAUUGGAGGCAUUACAACGAGCUGGGAUCCAUCCAGAUUUUCUCUUCUGUCUCAUGCAAACUGAAGCCAAUCAGAAUCAGUCUGGUGCUCCACCGGCAGAAAAACCUGAAGAAAAGCCUGAGGAGAAAAUGGAGAAGGAGCAGUUCAAACGAGAUUGGGACGGCCUUCAGCUGGCGCUUAGCUUAAGCCAUUCAGUGCUCCAUACCAAUGACAGAAGUCCUAAGGAACUUCUUCACGAGGUUGUCCAGCUCAUGGAGAAGCCCUUCAGGUAUUUGCCUAGAGAGUUUUCCGCAGUCGACUUGGAUGAGGAAGCAGAAGAUUUCGACGCCAUCGCAAAUUUGGAAAAUGCCGAUGAUGAAAAUGACUCUUCCAAAGAUACGGCCGAGGAGGAGGAAGAAGUGGAAGAGGACGAUGAGGAAGGCUCAGAAUCCCAAGGCGAGGCAAAUACCAAGAGGGCUUUUGGCGAUACCUAUCAUUUCUGCCCAGUAGUGCUAAAGAAGCAGAAUGCAUUAGUGCCCUGUUCAGAUGAGGUAUCAUCCAAGUAUCGGGAAAAGGUCUACUAUUUCUCCAGUACAGACGCCAGAGAGAUCUUUAUGCUCACUCCAGAGCAGUUUGUUGGACAGACCAGUCUUCUGAAGCCCCCUGCUUUGAGGAUCUUCAUUCUGGGAUGCCGGGGCUCCGGCAAGACCACUCAAGGCGAGUGGCUCGCCAAGAAACUGGGCCUCUUCCAUAUUCAGUUCAAGGAGCACCUUCAAACGCUCCUCAUGCCAAAGCUGAAGCAUCGAGUCAUCCCUGCUGACGAGUCGACAGAGGAGCAUCUUAGGGUCUUGAAGGCAACUAUCGAGGAGGCGCAAGGGAGUGACGCUCCAGAAACAACCGAGGAAGACGCCGGGCUGACUGAUGAGGAAAUUGGUAUUAAGGCCUACCUAGCAGAUGACCAACUUCCCUUGAGUUCACAAGUCAUGGAUCAGGUCAUCAAUCUAUACUGGAAAACGGAGCCCUACAUGUCAACCGGUUUCAUCCUGGAGGGUUUCCCUUACAACACAGAGGAAGUGCAGCACAUGAUGCAACACCAGCUUUUUCCCGACGCUGUGGUCACCUUGAUGGUGGAGGUGGAGGAUGUUCAGGCGCGACUGCAGCCCAAAUUCCGGCAAAGGUGGCAGGAACACUGUCAAAGACGUGAAGCUUUGGUCAACGUCCUCCGUGAAAUUCACCGCAAAGCUCGGGAAGUGAAUCGUGAGAAGAGAAGGGCAGAACUAAUGGAGGAGAAAGCAGCUUCAACCACAACAAAAUUAAGUUUCCGAGAUGAGGAUGAGGGAGAAGAGGAUGCUAAAACUUUAGAAGAUGAGAUAGAAGCCAUACUGGAGGAGGAGUACCCCGAGGAAACCUAUGACGAGUUCAUCGAAGAAGAACCGGAGGAGACAACUAUCGACAGACUGAACAUGGAGAUAGAAGAACGUUACGUAUCAGACACAAACAACAUGUCUACCGUGCUGGAGGUACUCAGCGAACUCAAAAUUCCUCGGAUCUCUAUUAACGGCGCUCGCAAGUCACACGUCGUUCUGCGGCAAGUCCUUCUGAAAGUAGAGCCGCUGCAUGCUAACCGCGAGUCGCUCUUCCAAAAAUGCCAGCCCAUUUCGUAUCAACUGGCACAGCUGCUUUUGCUUUACUCCUUCAAGUUCCACAGCGCCUUUGGGUGCCUGGACCCCGUCCAGCGGUACAGUGAAGGUGAUCUCAUCCAGCCCGUGUUGUGGCCUCUGGAUACGGCAUUUCCAGUGCUUUUUAACCAGUAUAUCUACUUCUUCGCCUCCAAGAAGAACCAGCAAACAUUCAUACUUAACCCCUUGAAGUACCUCCGACAGUCUAAGCCCUCGCCUAUGCUUCCUGUUAAAAUGGCUAUCCUUGGACCGCCCAAAUCAGGAAAAACAAGCAUGGCGAUGUUGUUCGCGCAGAGGUACGGUUUGGACCUAUUGUCCAUCGGCGGCGUCAUGCGGCGUAUUCUCAGUGAGCAGGAGCACAGCGACCUGGCAGUGAAGAUGAAGCAGCAUCUCAACGAGGGUCUUGUGGUGCCAGAUGAACUAGCCAUCCAGUGCCUGGAGAAGGUGCUGAUGAGCUUAGUUUGCAAUACGCAAGGGUACGUGUUGGACGGAUUUCCCUUGACGAUGAAGCAAGCAGAACUAAUGCAGGCCAACAGCAUCAUCCCCAUGGUGGUGAUCGAGAUGGAACUAGACACGGUGGAAGUGCUGAAGCGAGGCUUGACGCUCAAAAUGGGGGAGAAGCCGCAUCUGAUGCACGACAGCGCCGAGAUCCUCCACAUUCGCAACGCGUGCUACAAGCAGGAAACGGAGCUUUUGAAGAAGCAUUUCCAGCAGCAGUACAACAACUGGAUCUCGAUGGAUGGCCUCAAGAGCAUUUGGUACACGUGGGAACGGCUUCUCAAGGAGAUCAGUAUCAGCAUGGAGUACAUUCACACUUACCUGAGGAGGACCAGGAGAGGUCAAGCGGGCUGCAUCAACAGGCUGUGCGUCACACCGGAAGAGUUUCAGCGUCAGCUUGGAGAGUUUGGCCAUUACUGCCCUGUGUGCUUGGCUCUGAAGGACCACCUAGUGGACUGCUCAGAAACUGCCUCACUGAUGUAUGCUGCAGAAUACAAAAGGCAAUAUUUCAAAAUGUGUGGUACGGAGCAUUUGGAGUUCUUCCUGGCCAAUCCGGAUAAAUUCAUCAGCCCGGGCUGCCCACGCCCUCUCCCGAAGGCAGAAAUGCUGCCCAGAAAGUUAUCUGAUGAGGAUUUGAGGAAGAAAUUUCCACAGCCAAUUGAGCUGAAAGGUUUCUGCCCCGUCACUUAUCUGGAUGGCAAACUGAGGUAUGAAGCUCUGGUUCACGGCAGUUUGAGAUUUGCAUUGGAAUACCGAGGGCGUAUCUAUACCUGCGAGACCAAAGAGAAGCAGUACAGGUUCUUGAGUGCUCCGGAAGUCUACUGGGACCUCAAGCUGCCCAAUAAGGUUCCUCCUCUUUGCGAGUCCAUUCCCCUUACCUGCCUCCCUACUCUAGGCUAUCUUGAACAGGGCGUGGCCGUGGCGGUCAUAAAAGCCAUGACGGCAGUCGGGUGUCUGAAACCAAAGUUUCCCUUCUUGACUAUGGAACGAUCUGCUCUCAAUUAUGUUGCGUUCUACAUGAAAGCGUUCAACCAUAGCAGCACAGAGCACAUUCGCCAGAUGUACAAAAAGAAGCUAGCCUCGUUCGAGGAGAACUGCGCACUCAUUCCUUACCUUAGCACUUCUAUGGGAACUGCCUACAAGCUCCCCUGCGAAUGCCCUGUGGACUUUGACUUCAAAUUGAAGAAGUUUCUGGCCUUGAGAGACUCGUCCGAAGAGGAUUCCGAUCUGGAAGACUAA